ACUCGGCCGCGCGCUCUCUCCAGCGCGCUCGUCGAGUUCAGUCCCGUCCUGCACUUCACCGCCAAACCAGUGAUCCCAUCACUCCCAGCAAGAUGACCAUCAGCACCUUGGCGAGAGGAGGCUGGCAACGAGAGCAGAUGGCAUGCUUCCGAAAGAUGGAGAGAGUGAUCGUGUCCAUGCAGGAUCCUGACAUGGGGAUGAAGAUGAGAAACCAGAGGCUCCUCAUCACUGUUAUCCCUCAUGCCAUGACAGGCCAUGAUAUUGUCGUGUGGCUGAUUCGUAAGUUCACCAUCUACGAGGAAGAGGCGCUGCACCUUGGCAACCUGCUGGUGAGGUAUGGCUACAUCUACCCCCUCAAGGAGUGUGUGUGUGUGUGUGUGUGUGCGUGUGUGUGUGUGUGUAUGUGUCUGCGUGUGUCUGUCUGUGUGUGUGUGUGUGUGUGUGUGUGUGUGUGUGUGUGGGUGUGCGUGUGUGCGUGCACCAGGCAGUUCCUGGCCCCCGGUGCGGCCCGCUGGGUGAACAUCGACAGCAAGACAAUGGACAAGACGAUGGAGGGAAUCAAACACCCGCACCGCUUCGUCAUGGACGCCGCCCAGAUGCACAUCUACUUCCUCAUGAAGAAGGACUCGUAUCCCAGGUAUCUGAAGUCAGAACUCUACAAGAGCAUGCUGGCCAAAGCCAUCGUUCCUCAAGAGACCAAGAAGAGCGUGUUUCCCUUCAUGCGACGCCAGCGACACUCUAGCCCCUCCCCCGCCAAGGUGAUCGCUACGGCAACAGAGCAAGACGGGCAGGGGGCGGGACAGGCGGGUGCGAACUCGUCCGCUGUCUCCCAGGUUUGACGUGUGACGUCACAGGACGCCAUCAACAUCAUCAUCAUCAUCAACACAACAAUAACUUUACUUUAGAUUACCAUCACUUUGCUCACUCCUUUUGAAUAGCUAUCACGCUAAUAGAUAUCCCCAGCUGACACACGAGUCACUUUAAACUACCGCUCCAGUCGAGAUAGCUUAUUAAACGUGGUGCUCUGGAGAAGUGUUGAGGGAAACAACUGAUCGUUUCCUCUUCUCCUCUGCGUACAGAUUUUAAAGGCUCUGCAAUAAUGUGACAUCGCACCAAUAAAAGUUCUAGGAAAUCCGGCACUUCCAUCUUUCUACUGCUUUAAUGUUCUCUAAAUUUCUCUUUUUCUCUAUGAAUCACCAUAGUAACCAUCCGAAGGAGUUUGCUAUCUCACUUUUGGCAUAGUUUACAAAUUGCAAUAAGUAUAAUAACAAAGUUUACUUGUUUCACAGAUCAUUAUAAAUAGAGCACAUGGUUAUAACAGUUAUAAAAGCUACUGUUCCACUUUGCUACCAGUUAUGGAUAAUACCCACUCUUACAAUCCCAUCUCAGUUAAUGGUUUGUAUGUCUGUUUUUCCAGUUGUUUCCACAGUUCAUUCUUUCCCUUAAUCCAAACUUCAAUCUUGAAAUGUCCAAUUUGCAGUUUGUAUGCCUCUUCAGUACAAGUGCAUGGAAGGUCAAAAAUAGAUAACUUUUUACAGAACAAGGGUCAUGAAGUCCCCUGCUAAAUGUGGUUUAAUGUUUUAUUUUCAUUUUACCGAAGAUAUUUCCUAGAAGAUUUCCUGUUAAAAUGGUCAGGGUUUAAAUUAUUUGUUUUGUCAACUGUGUGAUCUAAAUGUCUCAUGUCACACAUGCUUGUGUCAUGUCUAAGCUUCGUUCCAUUACCAUGGCUCCUCCUUGUUGUCGCCUCUGUUGAUUUUACUCCAGCAUGUUGCCAUGACAAUAAACUGUCACGGCAGUGUCUGUGUUUUUGUGUAUGGGUUAAUAAUUAUAGGGAAUGGAUAGGAAGGGACAUUAGAUAAAAUAAAAUACAACAAUGUCUUACACUAACUUGCCCUCUCCGUGAAACAUUGUGGAUUUGUAUUGAUUCAUAGAACACGAUCUGUUAUAAAUACCGAUUACUUUCUAUUUCUCAAUUGUUUCGUGACCAUAUCUUCUUUACAUGUCUUCACACUAGCUUCCUCUGGCGGUCGUCCUGAGAUACGCCUGCAUAAACUCAAAAACAGAAGAGAACAUAGUAUAAAUGCAACACAGUGGUGUUUUUUGUUGCAUUGAAAUCAACCAAAUGUUGAUGCUACAGCUAAUAUUAGUUUUUUAGCCGAAGUCUACAGUGACUUUGAAGUAAUCAAUGUAAACAUGCACAUUUAAAAAAAAAUGUAAAUUGUAAAUCUAAAAAAUUGUAAAUGGUUCGAAACAAACAAAUAGCUAAAGUUUGAAUGAAUUUGAGAUCAAAUAUAGAAUAGCUAAGCUGCAAAAGUUAGAAAUGGUUCAUUAUUUCUACGUUCUUUAUGACGUAGAUUCAUUCAGGGCGUUAGACACCCAUGCUUAUGCGCACAGUAAUCAAUACCAAACAACUGCUUAUUUGAAAUUCAAGAUUUUAUAUUUUUGGUCGUCUGAAUUCAGGCGGGACAUUGCUGAAUAGUGCACAUUAAAGUGGAGCGCUUUAAGGUAAAUGUUGAGAUGGUAAAUGGCAGCCGCUGGGGGGCGCUACUGGAGCUCGUAAAAGAAGACAUCUUGAAGAUUUAGAUAUUCCUCAUGCUAUGAAAGAAAAUAUAAGAAAAAACCUUCACACACACAACAAAAAUAACAUAAUAACAGCAAUUCGAGGAAGGCUUUCAAAGUGGAAGUGUGCAUCUCGUUUGAUUGAAAAUAUAUCACAAUAAAAAUAAGAAAUCAACUUGAGGUAAAAUAAUACAGUACAGAAUCAGAACCCAUCACCACUGACAGUAGAUAGAUCAAUUGAAGAGCCUAAAGCAGUGUGUAGGGAGGCUACCACAACCUCCCUGGUUCAGAGUAGAGGGCGUUGAUUUACUUAUACAAUCUGUACAGUCUCACACACACACUAAAAAGGCGGGGAGGCGUGGGACAAUGCUAUAGAGAUUAGAUACAUUCAUCUGUGACGUUGCGGACACCUGCAUCUGCAACGACCCAGCAGGACUGCUAUAAGUAGUGGCACCUUCGCCUCACAAUCAUCCAAAGUGCUUGAUUCAAGAAAAAUGUAAUCUAAAACUAGAUUUAAAGUCACUGGACGCCUGAUGAUUGCAGCUGACCAAUGAGAUAAGAAGUGCAUUAAACAAAUACAAAAAAAGGUUACAAAAGUUUGCUUGAAGAGUGGUUCAAUGCUAACUUCGUAGCAUUUGAGGUUUGCGGUAUUAAUUAUUUGCAGCAGACAUGCUUGCAGGGACCUUAAAAACAUUGGUGAACCAUUCAGGAAUU